ACUUAUUAAAAAAAGCAUAUAAAUAUGACUUUGAUAAUGAUGAUAUGAUCUCAAUGCUAUAAUUCCUAGUCUCUUGAAUGAUAUAUCAGUUACUUACAAACAUGAUUAAAUAAAGUUCUAUGAGUCUUUAUCACUUAUCACUGUUUUAUGUUUAUCACUGUUUAACUGUGAAACGAGUGAGUUCGAGUGCCUAAAUAUAAGGCACAAUCCUGUCAUUGCAGCUGGAUAAUUAAACUUGUGCAAAGUACGGAUAAUAGUUUUACUCGUAUGGAUAGUAGUUUUUCUGAUGGUAUUGAUGGUAAAUAAGAUUGUGUAAAAUAGAUAGUGGAAAGUAAGUGGGCAAGCAAGCGGUUACAUGAAAAUAGAACAGCGAGAACGACUGACGACUUUCGGUAUAAAAUCCGUCCAAUCACUGGUUUUAAUUUAAUGCGAAAGCGAGUUUAAUCAACGUCAUCGCUAUCAAGUAACUUUUACUUUCGUGAAAUAUGUAGUGAGUUCACAUAUCGUUUCACGCUGUGGUAUAGCAUGUGUAUAGUGGAUAUCUGUUACUUUCUUGAUAUUUGCUUUGUUUGAUGCUCUUUUCGUUAGUUUGUUAAAUUUUUGCCGUUUGUUUUCGAUAAUAAUUCAUAGUUUAAAAAUAUAUCUUGGUACUUUUUGCAUUAAUUGAUAUUCGAAUGUUUGUUCUUCCAUUGAUAACUAUUUUUUCGAAUUUUGAAAAACUAAAGUCGAAAGGUUUUGAUUAUCAAGGACAAAGCAUAGCGCAUAUCAGAAGUAUUAUACUAGUCACAGCAUACAAUUCUUAGCCACGACUAUUUUAUCAUCGUUGUAUAUCUGUCCGAAACGUCACGAUUUUAUACUCCCCACUUAUUAAUCAGAAGGCGACUCCAACGGCGACUCUUCUUAUCGACCAAUCAAACGGGAGGAUCAUCGGGGCUCGUCUGUAGGCAAAUACGUUCUGCGAUCGCAUAUAAAAGAGGUGUUUUACAGACAGCAACAUGCUACCGAAACUAUAUAGUUGGACGAAUUUGAUGCGAGUUUCGCGACAAUUCAACAGCAAAAGAAACAUCUGUAUUAAUUGCUGUUUCGUCAGAAGCAAUCCUCUCAACUUAAUUUCAAUUCCAAAGAUCAACCGUACUGUACAUCUUUUCGCACCAUCUGUCUCCACAAUCAGAAAAACUCGCAAGAUGCCACACGUUAUUGAUGUCAAUCAUUCACAAAUUUCAAGAUUUAUUGUAACUCAUGCAGCAAAAAAUCCAUUAAUUAAAAAUGGAUUUGAUUAUAUCAGUAAAAUACCGUUAUUAAAUGCAUGCAUAGUUGAGAUUUCAUCCAAACUUCGUUAUUACAUCGAAGAAUGCGCUUCAUUGUGCAGUCCUAAAGAUAUUUAUAUAUGUAAUGGUACAGAUCUUGAAUAUUUGCAAAUGCUAAAAAUUCUUCAGAAAAAUGGUACCAUCGAAUGUUUGCCAAAAUAUGAAAAUUGCUGGUUAGCAAGAACUAAUCCUGCAGAUGUGGCUCGUGUCGAGAAACGUACAUUUAUUAGUACAGAUAUAAAAAGUGAUACUAUUCCUAUAUCACGUGAAGGUAUAACUGGAGAGCUUGGAAAUUGGAUUUCUCCGAAUGAUAUGGAUGAAGCUAUUUUAGAACGUUUCCCGAAUUGUAUGAAAGGACGGACUAUGUAUGUGAUCCCGUUCAGUAUGGGACCCAUAGGCUCUCCACUUUCGAAAAUUGGUAUAGAAAUUACCGAUUCGGCUUACGUAGUUUGCUCAAUGAGAAUAAUGACUAGAAUGGGAGAAAAGGUACUUGAAACUCUGGGAAAUGAUGAUUUCGUUAAAUGUUUACACUCAGUAGGUGUUCCAAGAAAUAAUUCAAAAGUUAAUAUAACUCACUCGUGGCCAUGUGAUCCCGAAAGAACAAUUAUUCUUCACAAACCUGCCAAAAAUGAAAUUGUAUCUUAUGGAAGCGGUUAUGGUGGAAAUUCUCUGCUAGGGAAAAAGUGCUUCGCGCUUCGAAUUGGUUCGACGAUAGCUAGGAAGGAAGGAUGGCUUGCUGAACAUAUGCUCAUAAAUCUGGGGACCGAGGAAGCCAUUCAAUAGCACCUCUUCUUCCAAUCCAACGACCCGAGAAAGUUUAAUCUAAAUACUCACGAACAGGCAGUGCAUAAUGUGGGAAAGCUGCACUCUAUUGGAAUACCAAUUAAUCUUCGAAAUAUGCUCAUUUUCAUUUUUGCUAAUAUCAAUCAAUGUUGGAUAAUAUCUUCAAGCAAUUCUGAAUACAUAUCUUCAAUCAAAUUAUCAGAAAAAAGGGACCAACAUCAACAAAAAUGUUAGCCCAAAUAUAAAUUUAAAUUUUCUGGAGUCGGUAUGAACUUCGUGAAAUAUCUUCAUAUUAGAAUCUGUCCAGAACAAUUAUAAGGAUUUACCGAUUAUAAGGAUUUAUCAUUUAGAUAAAAAAAAAAUUUAGAUAAAAAAAACAUUCGUCG